AUGUUUAACAUACCAAACCCCUUUGCCCCCCAUGAAUCAUGGAAGACGAUUGCAGCAAGAAAAAGGCAGGAAGUUAUUGCCAAAAUCCCCAAUGAAUGGCUUUUGGAUGCCAAAGUUAUUAACGCGGCUCGAUCGCGCCAGAGCAUUGCAGGAGAUUUCUUUGAGGAGCUGCUUGAUGACCAAACGCGCUCAAUCACUUCCCUCGAUGUGACAGACCUUGUCGAGUCUAUGCGCAGUAAAUCUUGGACAGCUGUUGAAGUCGUGAAGGCUUUCAGUAAACGAGCGGCAUAUUCACAUCAGUUAGCUUUAGCGAGAGCGCAGGAGCUAGACAACUAUGUCAAAGAGCACGAUCAGCUUAUUGGGCCCUUACAUGGUGUUCCUGUUACUCUGAAAGACCAAUUUCACGUUCAGGGCAUGGAGACAACAAUGGGAUACAUUGGAUGGAUCGGCACAUUUGAGGGGAAGAAGAAAGAUGGUAAUGAAUCAAUUAUCGAGAGCGAGCUUGUUCGAGAACUUCGUCUUCUGGGUGCUAUACCCAUAGGAAAGGUGAGAGCAUACUCCGCAUACUCCACGCUCUCUAUACUUUAA